GUUUUAUCUUUUCGUCUUCAUCAUAAUCAUAACUUCUUAAGAGUUUGUCUUUUUUUUAACGAAAAAAUUUGCAUCUUUUUUGUUUCUUCUCACUUGCCAUCCUUCGUGUUUCAAUAUAUGUCUCAAUAUCAUCUGGAUAUAUUACUUUUUCAUCAUCUUUAUCAUCCUUAAUCAUCAUCCCAAUAUCGGCCGAAGUUUGAUUAGGAAUUUGGUUCUUCUUCUUUGAAUUUGGUUAAAAGCUUUGACUUUGUUCAUAGCUUUGGCUUUUUUGUGUCUUUUUUUGUUGUGUGUGUGUUCACUUGGUUUUUGUUUGUUUGCUUGAUUACUUGGUUCGAUGUGGAUUAAAUUAAAUUACGGUUUGUUUGUUUAUCUAAUUGCUAUCCUAAUUAACUACUGUUGGGCAUUUAAUAUUGACUUACGAACUGCUGUUGUCCAUCGUGGAACCCCUGAUACCUAUUAUGGAUUUGCUGUUGCUCAACAUAAAGAUGGAGACAAUUAUUGGCUUCUUGUUGGAGCUCCACUUGCUCCAGGAUCUCAAGAAGGUAUAAGUCGUGGUGGAGCGGUCUUCAAAUGUUUACCCCAAUCAUCAGGGCUUUGUCAGGUUAUACCCUUUGACACAACGGGUAACCGCAAUAUAACAACCAAAAAUGGCUUACGAGCUCAAACAGAGGAAAAGGAAGGUCAAUGGUUUGGUGCAACUGUACAAAGUUCGGGUAAAACAGGAGUAAUUGUGGCUUGUGCACCAAGAUAUAGCUUCUUUUCCUACAAUAACAAACGACGAGAUCCAGUUGGAUUCUGUUACGUUUCCACUGGAGGAUUUGCAGGGAUAACACCAUUGGCCCCAUGUCGAGUUGCUGAGAAAUGGGGUUAUCAUCGAUUGGGUUCCUGUCAAGCUGGUUUCUCAGCAUCCGUUGAACCAGAAGGUCGCCAGGUAUUUCUUGGUGCAGUUGGUUCAUAUUAUUGGCAAGGAAAGGUUUUCUCUUAUGAUCUUCAUCAAUUAACUCAGCCUCCCUAUGAGACUAAAGAAGGAAAAGAAUCAAAUGAUGAUACUUAUCUCGGUUACUCUCUGGUUUGGGGAAAAUUUGGUUCCAGUGAUAGAUCAAAUGACAUUGCGGUAGGACAACCUCGAGGAGCAAAUCUAACUGGUCAGGUUUGCAUUUUUUCCAAAGAAAUGAAAAACAUAGUCAACAUUACCGGUGACACUAUGGGUGCCUAUUUUGGUUAUUCACUGGCUUCAGCUGAUCUCAAUCGCGAUGGUUUAGAUGAUUUAAUUAUUGGAGCUCCAUUUUAUACCAAACCUGAUUCAAAGGAUAAAAGCUAUGAACACGGACGAGUUUACAUUGCCUAUCAACGGAAACCGGGUCAUUUUGAGAUUGGUGAUAAAAUUGAUGGACACAAUCACAGAGGACGCUUUGGUAAUGCAGUAACAAGUCUUGGUGAUGUUAAUAUGGAUGGUUUCCCAGACAUCGCAAUAGGAGCACCUUAUGGUGGUGAAGGUGAAAGGGGAGCAGUUUAUAUCUACAAUGGAAAUAAACAUGGAAUAAACAAGAAUUAUUCUCAGGUAAUUAAUGGACUUGACCUAAAUGAUCCAGGAAUCAAAACAUUUGGCUUCUCAUUGUCUGGUGGACUUGAUAUGGAUGAAAAUGCCUAUCCUGAUCUUUUAGUUGGAGCUUAUGCUUCUGAUCGAGCUGUCCAUUUAAGAUCAAGACCUGUGGUUAAUGUAAACACUACCAUGAAAAUUAAUCCACCAAAGAUUAGCUUGAAAGAUCGUUCCUGUUCACUUAAUGAUGGAUCCAGAGUAACAUGUAUGGACAUUGAGUUUUGCCUGAGUUAUGAUGGAGUCAGAUUACCAGAUGUCAUGGAUUUAUCUACUUUUAUACGUCUUGACUACCAACCCAAUCGACCUCCAAGAGCCUUCUUCUUGAACAAUCCUAAUGAAAGUGAACAAGAAAUAUCACAAAGUUAUCAACGGCGACGUGAAAGAUGUAAUAAGUUCAAAAUUUACAUUGCUAACAAUAUUCGUGAUAAAUUGACUCCAAUAAAGAUUGAAGCUGAACACAACAUACCAAAUCAUCCAUCCCAUCCAAACUCAUCCAAAGGAUCACCAAGACCAGUACUUAGUUUAGUAUCAAGCAAUAAACUUAUCCGUAAUAUAAUAAUCCUCAAGAAUUGUAGUGUCGAUGAAAUUUGUAUACCAGACUUGAAGAUUACAGCAGAAUCCAAUCCACAUGAUUCAUAUCCAAUUGGAACUGGCAAGGCAAUUGAAUUAAAUGUGACUAUUGUCAAUAAACGUGAAGAUGCCUUUGAAUCAACAUUUGAACUUGAAAUUCCCAUUGAUGUUGAAUAUUCACACACUGAAGGAAUUAAAGGCUGCUUUCCUCCAAAGCCAAAGUUGACAGGUAAAAAUGUCUUGAAAUGUGACAUUGGUAAUCCACUUCUAGCCAAAGACAAGCUCAAUUUUAGUGUACAUUUAAAGCCAAAAUUGUUUGUGACUGCAUCGCCAACCUUCCUCUUCCUGAUGAGUGUCAACAGCACUAAUCCAGAAAAAAAUGAAACUCUUGGAGAUAAUCAAGUUCAACUGUCGAUACCGGUUCGAGUUGAUAUCAAUAUGACAAGCACUGGAGCUUCAAGUCCGGAACAAAUUAUACACAAUGUUUCUGAAACAAUUGUCCAUGAUCAGACAACUGCAGAAGACUUUGGAUACUUGGUUAACCACAUUUAUACCUUGCAAAAUAUUGGCCCAAGCUCUGUUAAAUUGGCUCGAGUCACUAUUUUAUGGCCUACAAAAACAUUGGAUGGUAAACAUUUACUUUACCUUCUAUCUGACCCUGAAAUUGAUAUAACUCGUGGAACUGAUGCUCAACCUGUUACAGUUGAUUGUAACAAACUUGGACCUGAUGUAAUUGAUCCUCUCAAAUUACCGAAACACCGUAACUUGGAGACUCGAAAGUAUUCCAACUAUCUUGGUGAUGAUCCACGAACUAUUUCCCAUCUAAACCACGAAAAUACUUCACUUAUAAGUCGAGUGAAACGCUAUUCAACAUCAGAAGAUAUAAGUAAAAACUAUGGAUCAUUGGCUGAAGCUUUGUCUUGCGGAGCAACUCAGUGUACAAAAAUUGUUUGCCAUGUCCAUAACCUUGGUCGUCAAUCCAUUACUUACACCAUCCGAUCCAGAUUGUCCAAAAAAACUAUCUCAGAGAUUGGUUUACCUGAGUUUCAAGUGUCAUCUAAAUUGGUUGCUGAGAUUGUUCAGCUUCCUUAUGGGAUUGAGAAUACUCAAAUUGAGAUGGACGCAAAGGUAACAAGGGUGUCAACUGAUGUCAGAGUAAUUGGUUUAGAGAGAGGCCUUCCAAUUCCACUUUGGAUUAUUUUACUUGCCAUUCUAGUCGGAUUAUUACUUCUAUUUAUUUUAGCCAUGUGUCUCUGGAAGCUUGGUUUCUUCAAGCGUAAACGACCACCAACUCGUGAAGAAGAUUAUGAACCAUUACAGCCAAAUGGGAAUGGAUAUAAAUUCAGAACGGGUGAUACAUCGCUGUGAGAAUCGACUGUUUAGGGACAAUUGUAAAUACAUUUUGCUAACCAUGGAAUCAUUCAUCUUUAUAAUGGUCAUCAUACAAAAAAAUUAUUCGUUUUGUUUCGUCUUUUUCUUCUUCUUUUUCAUCAUCUACUAUUACUACUUUGCUUUUGUUUUUAAAACUCACAUCUUUUUUUUCCAAAUCAUAAUGAUUUCACUUCAUCAUCACCACUACCCAUGUUGCAUUCAUCUGUUAUCUGCUUUCCUAUUUUCAGGAGACCACCAACUAAUCAGGUUUUAACGUGAAUCAAAUUUAACUGCCUCUUAUACCAACGUGCCAAAAAAGCCCACCAAAGUUUCUCCAUGCACAAGGAAUUAUCAAUUUAACAGCUUAAAUUGCUGUGAUUAUUUUUCCGUGUUUGGAGGCUAAUAAUGUUAGUCAAUUUUAAAGAGAGUUGUCAAAUCAAAUGCUUAAAAUAAAGAAACAAUUUUUUCGUCUAUGA